UGAUGAUGAUGAUGAUGACGAUGGUGAAGAGAAAAAAUUCUUGAUCAUUGUGUCGACGACUAUCAAAGUGAUCGAAUCAAUUUUUAAUGUUGUCAGUAUAGUGUUUUUGGGAUCGAAUGUUUUUCAUCGAGUUAGUGACAAUAGCAAUAACAUUAUCAACAAAUACCAUUAAAGCAACAGAUGAAUGCCGAUGAUAGUUUCAGUAGUUCUUCCGAUGAAUCGUCUUUAAUUGUCACCACACCUUCACCACAACAGCCACCAAUUUUUGUACAGCCAUCAACUAAAAAACUUAACAAACUUAAUUCAGGUAUAAAUCCAACUUGUAAUCAUCGGUUGGCUUCAUCGUCUAAAGACGAUGAUAAUAGUGACGAAGAAGACGAUUUAUUUCCAUUAAUUGAUCCAAAUCAAGAACAACAAACAUUUCGACUAUUAUUGACGAAUAAAAAACGUGAUCGUGAAGAAUUUUGGCUUGUUUGUAAAGCAUAUUUUUCAAUCGCAUUCCUCAUGACUGCAUUGGUUUCAUUAUUUUUUUUAUUCUUUAAUCAUUUAAUUUUAAAUUCCAAUGGUUCGACCUCAACUACCCAUCAUUAUAGAUCACUAGAUAAUGAUGAAGAUUUAGCAAAAUCAAAUUCAUCGACAUCAACUUAUCAGAUCAAUCUAGAUAUCGACGAUCAUUAUCAUCUAUUCUGGUCGCCUGAUUAUUCGGACGAAACAAUUUUAUUUGAAUUGAAACUCAAACUACAAACUAAUUAUGAUUGGUUUGCUUUUGGCUUUUCCGAUCAUGGAUCCAUUGUUGAUGCUGAUCUAUGUUUGAUCUGGUCCGAUAAACGUCGAAAAUUACAUCUGGAGGAUGCAAAAACUGAUAAUGAUACAAUGGUUAUCAUCGAACAUCGUCGCGGUCAUCUAUCAAAUGAUUGUCACUUCAUCAAAUCCAAACAUGAUUGGAAACAAAAAAUUCUUUAUGUGGCAUUUCGAAGAUAUUUCGAUACAUGUGAUCCAGAAGAUUAUCGAGUCGAUAAUGGAACAACUCAUAUCGUCUAUGCUACUGGUCGUGGUCCAUUAAUUCGGCCAGAAGGAUUACAUUUAAUUGAUCAUCAACAUGGAUUUCAACGAGCUCAGCUAUUAAAACCACCUCUUUCACAUUCGAUAACGAAAACAGAUGUUGCUGAUGAACAAGUUCAAACUUUGGAUUUCCUAGUCGAUAAUGUUACUAUUCCAAAUGUUGAGACGACAUAUUGGUGUACGUUGGUCAAUUUACCCGAAACAUUCAAGCAACGACUUCAUAUUGUUCAAUAUGAAGCCGUCAUAAAUGAACAGAAUAGAGAUAUUGUACAUCACAUGGAAUUAUUUCAUUGUGAAGUUGAUACCGAAAAUGAACUUCCACCAUGGAAUGGUCUAUGUCACGAUUCAAACAUGCCGAAAUCAUUGGAACAAUGUAAAAGAGUUACGGCUGCAUGGGCUUAUGGUGCUGAUCCAAUGAUUUAUCCAGAAAAUGUUGGACUACCAGUUGGUGGUGAAAAUUAUUCGCUUUACGUGAUGAUUGAAGUACAUUACAAUAAUCCGGAAAUGAAAGCCGGAUAUGUAGACAAUUCGGGAAUACGAAUCCAUUAUACUAAACGUUUGAGGCCAAUCGAAUCAGGUAUAUUGGAGAUUGGUCUGGAAUACACUGAGAAGAAUUCCAUUCCACCGAACACUCUGAUGGAUUUACGAGGAUAUUGUGUAUCGGAAUGCACCAGAGUCGGUUUACCACCAAACGGUAUCACAAUCUUUGCAUCACAAUUACAUACUCAUUUGACAGGUGUUAGCACGUGGACUGAACACGUUCGUGGUGGUAUCCAGCUGCCCGAUCUAAAUCGUGACAACCACUAUAGUCCACAUUUUCAAGAGAUACGAAAACUUCCCAAUGGUGGUAUACACGUUUUUCCGGGUGAUGCAUUGAUAAAUGUUUGUCGUUAUGAUACAAGAAAACGUACCCGUAUGACAUUGGGUGGUUUCAGUAUUAAUGAUGAAAUGUGUGUCAAUUAUUUGCACUAUUAUCCUCUUAGCGAUUUGGAAGUUUGUAAAAGUUCAAUUGAUACAGAUCACCUACUGGAAUAUUUUGAAACGAUGCGAUUAUAUGAGAAUCAAAAUACAUCUAGCCAUUAUUCCGUUGCGGAUAAUUUUUAUAAUAUUCAUUGGACACCUUAUCGUAUCCAAAAAUUGAAUCAACUUUACCAGACGGCACCACUAUCGGUGCAAUGUAAUCAAUCAUCAGGACAAAGAUUUCCGGGUUAUUGGAAUGGAAUCCCAUUCACCACGGUGAUAAAGAAACCAAUUGAUCAAGCAGAGAAUGCGUCCAAUAAUCGUUGUCGAUGGGUAUUGAAAAAAUUCCAACCCAUCAAUAGCAAUGAUGAGAAUGAUUUUGAUGACGAUGAUAGCAUUGGAUUCAUGGACAAUGAUGAAGAUAACGAAUAUGAUGAUGAUGAUGAUGAUGAUGAUGAUGCCAUGAACAUUAAAUGGUAUCGUCGAAGACAACAUCUAAGUAAACGGCAACGUAAUUGGAAACAACGGCCAUCAAAAUUGAAACGAUCAGAUUUCAAUGGUCAUUCCCAAAUGAUUUCAUGAUGAUGGUUAUAAUUCAAAUGAAAUCCAAAAUUAACUUCAACAUAUUGAAUCUAUGAUGUUAUCAAUAAUAACAAUAACAUUUAAUCAUAUCGAUUACAUGGAAUGUAAUAUGCCGAUAUAUUAUGUAUUGUUUCAAAUUUUAUUCUUACAUUCUAUAUGAUCCGGUCUAUUGAUCUAUUAAUUAAUUAUUAUCAAUUAGACAGGACAGAAAGUUUUCAUUUUGUUCACACUAUAGUUACGAUUAUUACCAUCAUGUUUGUUGUUGUAGUGAAUAGUUAAUGAUGAUAAUCAAUUUUGAUUAAAA